AUGGCCUAUCAGUUCGACAUAAAAUACAAACCUACAGCACAACACGGGAAUGCUGACGCCCUUUCAAGACUACCAGAAGGCCCAGGUAACAACUUUGAUCAAGAGAACAAUUGUUUUGCAGUCGAAGAGCUGGAUACCCCAAUUGAUGCAGAGGUUAUCCGAUUUCAUACAAAGAGGGAUGUAACUCUCAUGAAAGUUCACCGGUUCAUACAACAAGGGUGGCCUACAUUCGUAGGACCACAACAAGCAGAUAUACUACCAUAUUUCCAACGUAAUACUGCUUUAGUUAUUAUUGAUAACAUUAUUUGCUUACAGGGCUAUUCAAAUCGGGCUAUAAUUCCAAAAAAACUGCGCCAACGCGUCCUUGAACUGUUGCAUGAAAGCCACUGGGGCAUAGUUCGAAUGAAACAAUUAGGUCGAAGAUACUGCUGGUGGCCGGGCAUCGACAAAAAUAUCGAGACACUCGCAUCGUCAUGCAACAUAUGUAAAAGAACGUCAGCCAGUCCACCAAAGGAAUUUAGCUCGUGGCCCGAAGCUAUACGUCCGUGGCAACGUGUCCACAUUGACUUCGACGGACCGGUAUUCAAUCACCAUAUGUGGCUCGUAUGUGUCGACGCAUUUUCACAGUAUCCGUACAUUGUCCAAUUGUCAAAUACAACCUCUGCUGAUACAGUAAAGGCGUUAACAUCAAUUUUUGCCAUAGAAGGUUUGCCGGAAACGUUAGUAAGUGACAACGGUCUACAACUUACAUCCUCACAGUUUAAGGAAUUUUGCUUGAAAAAUGGCAUUCAGCAUGUCACGACAGCGCUAUUUCACCCGGCUUCAAACGGCUUAGCAGAGCGUUUCGUGCGUACUUUUAAGACAUCGGCGAAGAAAAACCUUGAUGACAGUAUGCCAAUUAGUGAAGCAGUUAUCAAAUUUUUAGUGACCUACCGCUCUAUGCCAAAUACUAACAAUAAGUCUCCUGCAGAGUUGCUACACGGCAGAACGGUUCGAACGCUUCUUACACAGAUUUUACCGGUUACAAAAUCAUCAAAAAAGCAACCAGUGACGACAAAAUUCGGCAAGGAUUGCAAAGUUUUUUUACGCAACUACAGUAGCGGUCCUAAAUGGGUCGAAGGAAUAAUUGAGAAAUCUUUGGGAAACAGGGUCUACUUAGUUAAGACACUGACUGGUCAAUGUAAGCGUCAUCAAAAUCAACUUCAAGCGCGCCAGUCAACACCGCCGCAACCAACUGCCUAUAAACCAUCAAAACAACAUCAGCAGUCAACCAUCGAUGAACCAUUAAAACAACAGCAGCAGUCAACCAUCAAGGAACCGUCACAACAAGAAACAACUCAAAAUUUUCAAGAAACAAAUGCAGGUCAACAAAUUCUAGAAAUACCCACCUCUGUGCGCAGAAGUGAACGCACACGAAAAUGA